AUGUCAGACCAUAUUACGAAAUCCGAUUACCGGGAGGUACCUUCAAUUCACGAAUUCCCCCGUGAAGGGCACCAGAAGGUCGACUACCAGAUUGUUCCACCAAUCAGGGAGCUCUCCCAUGGACCACAUGGGAAACCAGGAAUACCUUUGUUUCAAGGCGGGAUUGAUCAACGGCCAGCUCUUACCGGCACUAUGGACACCACCAGCCCGCAGGCACAGGCUCGAAUGGCUCUCAGUAUUGAACAUCAAUUGUCCGCCCGCACCGCUCCUAGUGAGGAAACAGAGAAAGAAAAAAUGAUACGUGGUGAGCUGUAUCGGCCCUUUGAUAUUCAUCUUGUUGAAGAGAGGGAACGAUGUAAGGCAGCAUUAUGGAGGUUUAACAAUGCUUGCAACCCUGUCUCCGGGCUUAAUGCGAAAGAACAAAAUCGUCUUUUAAAGGAGGUUUUGGCGCUUCCAGGCUCAGCUGUUGGCUCACCUUCGGGAGUCACCUCACCUCGUCCCACUGGGACAAUUGGACAGGGCGCUAUUGUUGAAGCUCCCUUCCAAUGCCAUUAUGGGUACAAUGUUCAUAUUGGUGAAGAUGUGAUGGUAUCUGGGAGCUGUCUGUUUGUGGAUGACUGUCCUAUCACUAUCGGAGCCCAUACGUGGAUCGGCCCUAGAGUUACCAUACUGAGCUCGAUGGCUCACGCAAAUAUGCAAGAGCGGAAAGGCACGCAAAGCCGCUACCAAGGACGCCCUGUCGCAAUUGAAGAAGAUUGCUAUGUGGGUGCCGGCUGCAUCAUUUAUCCUGGCGUUCGUCUUCGACGGGGGGCCUAUGUAGCUCCAGGGGAGGUAGUUAAAUCUGAUAUUGUAGCUUAUGGGUUUCAGGGACUCAAACCAAGCUACAUGUGA